CGAAAGUCAACAAGCACAGCUCGGACCGCAUACGGCAACAGCAUCGACCUGACAAAGCUCGCCUGCGAACCAGCCAACACCCAUCGACCGAUACUGACAUCGGGCACGCAGCAAGACGACGAGAUGGCGCCAGGACAGAAGAUGUACCCUCGCGCGACGGUGAAAAAGAUCGUCAAGGCCCACUCCAACUGCAAUGUCAGCAAGAAUGUCGACGUGACGAUGUUCCUCGACUAUGUCAUCUUCAUGCAAACGCUGGUGAAAGAGGCGGGAAUCGAGUCGAAGCAGGCUGGCGAGAGGGGCAUCACAGCCAGGAGUGUCAAGAAGACUACAGGAAAUACACUUGCAAAGUUCAAGGGGUGAAGGGGCCUCGACGCAGCUGUCGAUCCCCCCAAACCUCACGCGUCAAGUCAUGGUCGCGUGCCUAACCAUUUCUUCUUGGAGAAGAGCACAGACCCUCCUCGCCCAACACACCACAGCAUAGCAUGUCGGCAACGCGAUCUGAGGUGCAGAUAGAAGAUGUGCGGUGGCUGGCCGCAUCCAGCAUACGAGCACACUCCACCUUCCGUUGAGGCUGAAGGGCCAGUCUUGGGCUGCAUGUAUGCACCAUUGGCCGGAUGAGGAGGGCGGCGUGUUAGCAGACGCCGGGCCCACAGCGGGAGCUACUGGAGCUACCACCUAGGUCCUGAAGGACGGAAUAGAUUCCUGCAGGAAUGUGCAGGCUUGACUUGGGUCGGAUGCGACACACAAGUUCCGAUAUGUACGUAGUACGCUCAUUGAAAAAUACGAGCAUGGGUCAUGGUUGAA